CACCUAACGUGAGACAGAGAUCGCAGACAUCUAUGAUCGAAAGCAGUCAACCUUUUCAUGUCUUCAACUCGUAUUGGCCAUGUUUCAGAGCCAUAGAGAAGGACGGACGGAGCGAACUGAUGAGCAGUACACACGUCCCUUGGUUGUUGAUAGCCGGAUGUCACGCCUACGCCAACUGAAGAUCACAUGGCCGGGCCGGAAAGAAUCACCAACAAGAAACUAUGGCUGGGAACAAACAAAACAAGAACCAAUCGCCCAACAACAACAAAUAUGCGGGAGAAAGUGGAGAUGGUUUGAACACUCACGGCUGAGGAGGCCGCUGGGUGACAUCGCGCGCGCGUCAGGCCCUCAAGUGGAACCAGACCGAAAGGGAAGCGGCGAGUAGAUCGACACUGCAAGGAUGACAUGGAAGAGAUCGUGUGAAGAGGAAUUGAAACAGAAUGGACUAACAUAG